AUGGCAGCUGGACUUGCAAUUGGGCUUGCCAACGGUGUGCUGGGAAAGCUUGGCGAGAUUGCAGCACAGGGAGCCUUGAAUGAGGCAUCUCUCCUCCUCAACUUCAAAAAAGAUUUCAAAUGGUUGGAGAAGAAGCUCAGAAACAUACGUGCUUCUCUACAAGCUGCAGAUGAGCUGAGUGGGCAUGAUGACAAUGUGAAGGAAUGGCUGGCGGAAGUGAGGAAUACUCCUUUUGACGCGGAAGAUAUAAUUGACGAGUGUUCCGUUGAGCAUUUGUUUAUAAAUAGCAGUCAAUCAUGUGUGUACAAUUGUAGUCAAUUAGGCUUUCGGUAUAAGAUGGGGAAGACGAUUAGAGAGCUCAAAGAUAGGAUUAGGUCUAGUCUUCAAGAAGCACAGGAGCUCAAGCUUAUGUACGAUAUGUCCCAUAUAAGUCAGCCCUCAACUGGUAGAUUGGAAAGAGAAAGAGGAGCAGAGUUGAGAACGUGGACUAUCGUGGAGAAAGAUUCACCAGCAGUGGCAGUGGAGCACAAAGUGCAGGAAAUUCUGAGAUUGUUAGACAAUCCUGCUGUUGGUGUUGUUGCCAUCGUGGGAAUGGACGGGCUGGGUAAAAAAUUCAUUGUGCAGCACGUGUUCAACAGAUCAAAACAUAGGUACGAGAGUUCUGCCUGGAUUACUGUUUCACAGAUUUGCUCUCUUACAAGUUUGCAAUGUGACCUAGCCUCCCAUAUUGAUUUAGAAAUAGCCUCCCAUAUUAGUGUGCUUGGUAUAACUGACAUGCGAGCAGCUGAAUUGAUACAUGAGGGAUUAGAGGGCAAAAGAUGUUUGAUUGUUCUCGAUGACGUGUGGAGGACUAGUGUAGAAGGUAACUUGAUAUCAGGACUUGGUCUUCCCACUCGUCGUAAUAACCAGUGUAAAAUAGUUGUUAACACUAGAAGUAGAGAUGUUGCCCAGAACAUGAGUGCCCACAUCUAUGAGAUGCAAAGUCUCUCGAAGGAUGAGAGUUGGGGUCUGUUUUGCCUGUAUGCUUUCCCAAAUCAUGAGGGAAAUAGGCCGCCGGAGCAGCUAGAGGGGUUGGCUCAUCAAAUUGUACAAGAAUGUGGGAGGUUGCCACUGGCCGUAAAGACCGUUGCGGCAUCCAUGGCCAACUCUUCCCUCAUAUCAGAUUGGGAGUCCAAAUUGGAGCAGUUGAAAAAGGUCGGAAAAGCAGAGGACUACAUCAUAAAGAUUCUAAAGCUGAGUUAUGACUCUCUUCCCCCUAUCUGA